AUGAAUAUCCCGUCGCUACUUGGUGACGGUAAGGGCAACUAUAGAGUUCAUGUUGUAGGCAAUAGUGGUUCAACCGUCAGCGCGUACAUUGCCACUAAACUCAAUGUGCCACAUAUUUCCCUGGAUGCACUUCUUUGGGGACCUGGGUGGACAACCCCUUCAGAUGACGAGUGCAAGGAAAGAAUUAUUGCUGCGAUGGCACAGGAUCCCAGAGGAUGGGUGAUUGACGGCAACCACCGCGACACGGUCAUCUCGGAACAUGCAACAGAUAUCAUUUGGCUUGACCCCCCUCUAUGGCUCUACUUGCCACGAAUCCUUUGGCGUACGCUUCUUCGCCUGUUGAACAUAAUCCCAAGCUGCGCGGAAGGGUGGAAAGAAACUUGGGGAGAAGUCCUAUCCACGAAGGGUAUCAUCUGGUACUGCAUUUCCCAACAUGGAUAUCGCAAACAAAGGUACGGCGAAAUGCUCGCUCGUACCUUGAUUGCAAAAGGUGGAAAAAUGAGACGUCUCAAUGAGUGA